AUGCACCACUUCAUCCGCCAGAACGGAACCACACCUACCCCAGAGCAAGAAGAUACCUGCCUGAUCCUCAUCGGCUCAGGCGCGGCGUUCCUCGACGUGCCACGCUCGCCGCAGUACUGUGCCAGUAAGUGGGCGAUGCGGGGAAUCAUGCAUUCCCUGCGUCGGACGGCAUAUUACUACGGGUCCCGAGUCAAUGUGAUUAGCCCGUGGUAUGUGCACACCGGGAUUUUGUCCGAGGAGGCAUUUGCACACUGUAAGCGGGCCGGGGUGGAGUUUGCCGCAGCGGAGGAUGCAGGGCGCUGCCUGCUGAGGAUCCUGGCAGAUGGGAGAGUUAAUGGGCAUUCGUUCUUUGUGACGGCUCGGAAGUGGGCGGAGAAGGGGUUUAUGGAUUUGGACUUGGAGGAUUUCGGGGAUGAUGCGUUGCUGGGGGAGGUGCAGGAGAUGCAGAUUUGCAGUGCCCCGGUGGAGGCAGGGUUGAUUGUGUAG